GAAGAAAACAGCCCCAUGCGUAUAAAGUUGAAUGGCAGUUUGAUUCUGCUCAGUCAGUCCUCAGUCGUUCGCGGUGAAAUUCCCGCUCUGUGAUUGGAUUGUACUUUAGACUUUAUGCUCAUCGAAACCAAACUUUCACCAAUGCCUACUUGUGCCGACUUCGGGUUUAUUGAUCAGUAUCUGAACCUGAAAGAACAAAUGGAGAUUACUGGAACAUAUGAUCUAGUCGACCUCGAUCAAAAGGUUCCCCAGACUGAGUAUUCAGCAUCCUUCCCUCCGAAAUCCGCCAUUAAAGUGGAGGACAGUUCAGCAGGUCUUUACGACGCCUACUUCGAAGACCUCGGACGCCCGUACAUGUACUCCACCAACCAUUUCACUUCGACCUCAACGACCCCGCCUAUCCUAUCGGCGCAGAUGCCCGAGCAGAUAUUCAGCGGCAGCGGCAGCCUCACCACGCUAACCAGUCUCAACAGCAGCAGCAGCCUCAACAGCAGCGACCACAGCAACGGUAGCAGCACAACCGAAGCAGCCCCUUGCACCUACGUGGCCAGGGUGGCGGGGUCAGGGUGCACGGUCAUCCAAGGUGGCGCUGACCCGCAGCUCUGUGACCUGGACAAGCCGCGUGCAUCCUAGACGACUGCAUCAAGAAGUAUAUCAAGACCGAACCAUCGGAGGACCUGCAGCUCCCGCAGACGUGCCACAUGGGGGCGCUGGCGACGAGCGGAAUAGGUCUCCAUAACAACUACGAGUCUACCAUGGAAACUGUCCUAGACCAGCUAUUUCGCAACGACGUCCAGUCCGACUGCAAAAUGCUCGCCAUUUCACCGGAUCCCAUGAUGUGGAGUCUCGACGACGUUCAGAGAUGGGUUAGAUGGACCUGUAGAAAGUACAACUACAGGGACGACUGUUGGAGUCUCUUUAACGUCACUGGCGAAAUCCUGUGCCGCAUGAGCGAGGACGACUUCCGGUGGCGCGCGCCGGAGGCCGGGAAUUGCCUCUACCAUCAGCUGGAAGCCUGGAAACUCGGCUUGUCGCGCCAGGGUGUAACAUCAGCAGUCUGUCGGGUGGAUCUAGACAGAGAAGAUACCUUAACACCCAUGCUUAGCUCGACUCUUGCAAAUCCUUCCCAGAGCCUCCCGUCAGCUCCUACCCAAGUCCCCCCUACGGCGAGAGUGAACACACCUUUUCCACCCGCUUCACGUUUCCAAGGUCAGCCCGACCCCAGUGUCUCUCCCUCCCCAUCCGUCAGCAGCACGUGCAGUACUGCUUCCUGCUCCUCCAGCAGCAACAGCUUCCACCAGAACGACACCAACGACGACGACGUCUUUACUCAAGCAGCAGGAAAUGGAAUCAGACGACAGUCGGCGCCACAGAUACCGUUUCAGCCAUCCGCCGGAAACAGACCCCAUUCUCACCCAGCUGGUCAGAGACAGCCAAAGCAGACGAUCCACUUGUGGCAGUUCUUGAAGGAGUUGCUAGAGGACCCUGACAACUACCACGGGUGCAUCAAAUGGACCGAUCGGUCCCGCGGCAUCUUCAAGAUCGAGGACUCAUCGAGAGUCGCCAGGCUAUGGGGCCGCCGCAAGAAUCGACCCGCGAUGAACUACGACAAACUGAGUCGCUCAGUGAGGCAGUACUACAAGAAAGGCAUCAUCAAGAAAACGGAACACUCCAAGCGGCUUGUGUACCAGUUCUGUCCACCAUACUUAUAGACUCUUUCUCUCGAGGAGAUGCCCAGGAGGUUGUCUGCGCUGUCUCAAUUCAAGACUUAUUUUGUUGGCCUCUGAAGAGGGAGUCGAAUGCCAGUUUGACAAAGCUCAGGAGGGACCAGAGAUGGUCGGCGAAACCGUCUGGCAACGAUGGACGUUUCCCCCUUUCAGUCGCUUGAGCCACUCGGUGAUAUAGCACAUCCGGUGAAGGUCGGACUUGCUCUCUGAAGGCGUUCGAAGGGUAAUUUGUCCAGCUGAGCUGGAUAACUUGUUUGUCGGAGAUUCCAGUAUGUUCAGGGGGGCUAUCCCGUCUUGAGUGCUGGGGGGCGAAAACACUUGUCUCUAGAGAAAUGGAAUCCUUCAAGUUGUUUGUCAGUCCAAGCUGAGUCCGCUCCAAGAUUUUUACUCGGACGACCGAGACAUUGCAAAUCCUCGCCUCCCUGGUUCCAAGAUGUCCAGAGACUGAUGGCGUGUACAGAUGAUGCGAUGACAGUGUCGUGUGCUCGAUCUGUAUUUAGACAAGGGUUCUGUGACACCCGUCAGAGUUUAUCUGAGUGCACACUGAGAUUCUCUGUGUAAGAAUGUGUCGUCAGCAUACACGGGUGCAAUAUGUAAAUGGCAGCAAACUGCAGGUCCAUAAAGACAUGUUUACACUACUUUGACCUAUCGUAUCGCGUUUCUUUGGUGGAAUUUUUAACUUAAAACCCGCCAUGUAUAGCAAAUGUCCAGAGCUUGAGUGAUCACAUCACUUGUUGUAACAGCAGCUGUAGCUUAUGAAUGGGUCAUAUUGUAAGAAACAUGCAGAGUUCAAAGUCAAGUGUUUUGUAAAUAUCUUCACUUCCCAACUAAUCGGCUCACGUGAUCUCUUGUCCGGUGUGCUGGAGGGAGUGAACUGCCUUCUUCUUUAAGGCUCAAACUUCUAGCUACAAAUAACAAACUGUUAGCCUGGUCAUUAACAGUAGCAAAUAAAUAAAAAAUAAACAAUAACCAAACUGAAAAGGACCAAAACAAAAAUCCCAAAGAAAACUAAAUAACAACAAAAACUCUUCAAGUACUCAAAAGUUCACCCACUUCCUUUCAAAAAUCCCAACUCAUGCCAUGCAUAAUAAAUGACCAGUUUUAAUUUGGAACCCAACACUCCCGCUCGAGAAAGCCAUUGUUUCGAUAUCCGCUAAACCGUUCGGUUCCAAUUUGAUAACUGUGUGACUUUUUUCACCUCGUGCGUCGAGGCACAUGAUAAUAUCAUUUACAAUGGGAUAUAAAUCUGUAGAACGUGAUAAGAACUUUGAAUACAAACUUUUUUGAGAUUCAAAUGUCUGCAACUCUCCAUCUGUUAUGUACCCGGAAGAGUUUCAGAAAUUACGCAAUAGUAAACUGCUUUUUUUUUUUUAUGUAUGUAUCUGUGUACAAAGACCGUUGAAGAGAAUUGCAGGUCGAGAAGGUGAAAACGUACUGAUAAUCAGUAUGUUAAUUAUUUUGAGUUUUAAACCCGCGUGAGCGCGUGCCGAGAUUCUUGUUGAUUGAUGCUUUACGUGAUCCUCUUCGUGUUUUGUCCCAAAUCUCUACCCGAAACUUGGGAGUUGUCACGUGACAACUGUUCAUGUCUUAGCGUACACCUUGCUCGUGCUGGGUCACGAGUCACCAAGUACGCCAUGACCCAGCGACAGGCUGGAGGUAACUAUUAGUUUAGGGGUGGCUGGUGCACCCCUUUAUGCACUUCCCUCUGCUGCACCCGUCUAUAAGUCGGGUAUUUGAAGUAUCAGUUGGAAUCCUGCUGUCCUUAAUAAUGUUUAGUGGAUACACCACGAACUAUAAUCUUGCUAACCAUCUUGACUUUCAUUUUCUUCAAAUAAUCAUCUUUGGGUGGGGAGUGAAUUAAAAAAUUCAACAAAAUAGAAAGAAAAGAGAAAUAUAUAUUCUAUACGGAAUAAAAACUACCAAAUGCAAUAAACUCUAACAUGGUCUGUAAACAAGGACCUAGGAAUCUCAUUAUCACUGCAAUAGCCUAAUGAAGGUUGGACUUGUGACCUAAUGACCUGUGUCUUUUAAACUUUUGUGUCCAAUGGUCUGAUGUCAAAGAAAACUAUCCAAUGGAUUAUAGCGAGGUGUAUAUAUUAUAAAUUACAUUUUAAAAUUGUUGUUUUACAAUGACUUGUCCGUUUUUCCAACGUUGUAAAUGAUGAUGUUGACACAUAUCUUUCUAUAUUUUUGUAUUAAAAAUGAACAGUCCAAAAUCAAA